AUGCCGGCGCCCCGGGGAGCCGCGGGGAUGAGUAAGCAGGGUCCGCCGGCAGCCGGCCACCCUGAAAUCACCGAAACACGCCCCGGCACCAACCCCCGGCGACAGGCCGCAACACCCAAUGCGACCGCACCACCCAGGAAAAACACACAGGCGGCCCCGCCCACAGCCAGGGCCCACACGCAUUCCGCCACAAACCGGCCGCGAGCGCCGCGGAACCCCCCCAAAACACCCCCCAAAACACCCCCCAGGCCAAAAGCGCGACCCCACCCCAUCAAGACCGAUGCCAACAGCGCGCAACGCAACACACCACGUAUAGAAUUAACCCAAGAGCAGAAAAGCUGCCUGGCGCCCGACCGCAAGAAGAGCAGACCGCACCCGGCGCAAUCACUCCCCCCCAGCAGCCCGCGGGCAGCACAAAGCCAGAGCGGAGCGAACCACGCCACUCCCCCACCGGACGAAGCCAGAGCAGCACAGCCGCGUCGCCCCCCCGCCGCCCGCACCAGCCCCCGACACGCGGCCGAAGCAGCUCCGCUGCCCCGGCCCCCCGACGCGCGCCU